AUGCCAAAAACUAAACAGUCGCAGAGGAGGAAAAAGUUCGACUACAACAAGAACAGGAAGAAGCUGAAAAAGAACUUCCAUAAGAAAUACAACCCGAGGAUUGAAAAUGAUCAGAUCCGAAACGCUUGGGACAGAAAUAAAACAAUGGCGAGGAAUCUUCUGGAUAUGGGUUUGACCUUUGAUCCAAACAAGAGUUUGCCCAUAAAGAAACAAAAGCUCAUUGGCAAAGAAUCUGCGACCAAGGCUCCAGCCGCGAUUGUCAUCAAGCCUUAUGUGCUCAACAAAUUGGAGGAGGAGGCCAGUCUUCCAGAGAAAGACACAAAAACAUUAUCGUCGGACUUGAUUGAGUACGUUCAGUACAUGAUCCGAGAACACGGUGAAAACCACAAGUCGAUGGCGAGGGAUGAGAAGAACUACUACCAGGAUACACCCAAACAGAUCAAGAGGAAAAUAAAUGAAUACAAGCGUUGUCACCCAGACCAUUUUAACGCCUUCAUGAGCUCUUUGUCCGGAGCCACAGAGGUUAUGGAGCAGUGA